CAGGGGCGUCGCUGCCGGUGUCCCGCACCGGCCGCCGCCGCACGCCGAGCCCGCGCCGCCCCUGGGGUCUGCCGGCACUGAGGGAGCUGGAUUUUGUGAAUUCAGAGGAAAGGAAUGCUUCGGUUAUUCAUGUGUGUGACUCAAAGGACUUCUGGAUGAGGUGCCUGUCUAACAGUUCAGAAGUGCUGGAAAGGAGGCAAGGAUGAGAUGCCAUAAAAUGAAACGCUCGGUUGGGUCUAAACAAAAAGAAGGAAGUACUUUUUUAAAAGAUCCUGGGCUACAAUCAGAAGAAAUCUGGACCAUCCACAGAAAAUAGUCUUGGAGGUGCACUGAAAGUAGAGGCCUAAGAAUUUUGCUUUUCAUGUACAAUAAUACUCAGCAUGUUGUUAUUCUAUCACAUGCUGGCGGGAGCCUUUCUUCCGUUCUUCAUCCUUUCAGGAAAUAGGGUUUCAGCUGAGAACAUCAACUUUUACAAUGUGAGACCUCCACUAGACCCCACUCCAUUUCCAAACAGUUUUAAGUGCUUUACUUGUGAUAAUGCAGUGGACAAUUACAACUGUAACAGAUGGGCUGAAGAUAGAUGGUGUCCUGAAAGUACUCAGUACUGUUUGACAGUUCAUCUCUUCACAGACCAUGGGAAGAGUACAUCAGUCACCAAAAAGUGUGCCACUGGAGAGGAAUGCCAUUUUGUAGGCUGCCACCGUCACAGGGAAAGUGGCCACACAGAAUGCAUUUCUUGCUGUGAAGGCAUGAUUUGCAAUGUAGAAAUACCAACGAACCACACAAAUGCAGUACUUGCUGUAUUGCAUGCCCGAAGAACGUCAGAUGGCAGCAAGCGGACAGUCAAUGUUGCAGUGCUUGUGUCAGUCCUGAUGACCAUGCUGUUGUGAUGCAGCACCCUCCCAUUAGAUCUGCUUGAGAGGGUCUGUCUUUCUGUGGGCUGUAAGAAACUGUAAGAAGAUUGGUUUAGUAUGUGCAAGGAGAAGUCACUGAUACUUCUUAAUUACAGAAAAUGUAAGGGUACAGUGGAAAGGAAAGGGUACGUGAUGAAGUCCUUGAAUAUUUUAGUGAAGAUACUUCGUAUGGCCUGCAGUAUUCAAAACAAAGCUGAACACAACCACCCACUGAUUGGGAUGAACACACGCUAUUAUAAUUCACUAUUUUAUGAUAAAAAUGCAUAUAUGCUUGGCAUAUUUUUUGAACAGAGAAAAGUAUCUGUAGACAAUCACAAGAUAAAAAGGAACUUUCAAUGGAUGAUGUGCCAACAAGUAUCUCAAUGGCAACUCUUUUUAAACUGGUUUUCAUUGUGCAUAAAUAACACAGAGUUUCUUGUCUUCAUCAACAUGUGUAUUUAAGCUUAUCUUUAGUUAUGGUUUUCAUAGAGAACAUGUAUGGUUUUCAUAGAGAACAUAUAUGAGAAAAUUAUUUUUCUGUUUUGAUCAGAGCUGUUGUUUCUACUGGAAAUAAUACAAAAUAAUACUUUUUAUCUUUCCUUCCGGUAAAAUGUCUCACACACAGGUUUUAAACCAGUGUGAAAUUAUGUAGAAUUUCUGUCUAAAAACGAUGAACUGUUUGAGCACCUAAAUCAGAAUUCCUUCCCCGUGCUAAACCUUCUUUGUUUUCCUUUGUAAACCUUGUGAUGCAGACGAGUGGAAAUAAGCUAUUCGUGAAUUUUUGGCCCUUCUAGAGCAGCACAAUGCUUUCCAGGGCCCUGCUAGAUCAAGCUGCUAUAGACCGGCCUGAGCACAGUCUUUAAUAGGUCACACUUGCAGCUUCUGCAUUGGUUACUUCAUUAAUGCAUGUGUUCUUCUCACUGCAAAUGCCCUGAUUGUGGAGACCAGCAGGUACUGAUUUUACAUGACUUCUUGGUAUGGUUUUGUGAUCUAAAAUCCUAACGGUUUCAGCUGCUCCUGUUUGCCCAAUUGUGUUUCUUCCAACUCCCCACCAUUUUCAUAAACUUCCUCUGACAGCCUGAGAUACUGUAGCACAGCCAAGGGUUUGACCUACCUAGGUCGAAGAAUUGCACUUCCCUGUUUUCUUUUUCUAAACUAUUUUAUUCAUUUAUGAAUAUACUGAUUUGAUUACGAAUAAAAUAGAUUGUUCUGAUCUUUUCCUAGUCCCUUUUUUAAAUUUCUCAUUUCUUAAAUGAGAUGGUUCAAACUAUGAUUAACUGCUGAAAUAUUUUUCAGGAAGGACAGAUUAUUAAAACUUACUCUCAAAAAGAGAGUCAAAACUGUUCUCUGAAAAAUUCAACUAACUAUAUAUUGGAAUUUUUUUACAUAAUUGUUGGCUUGAUUGUUUGCUGGUUUAUGUCAUAAAUGUAUUUAGACAUUUAGCAGUUGAAAAAGAGAUUCUGAACCAGUUUUGGUUUUGUUUAAAUUCUAAUUAUGCCUACACAAUAGUUUUAGAAUAUAUGAAUAUGUCUAAAAGCCCGUGAUUUGUUGACAGGCAAUUGUGUAGCUACAAAAACUGGGUGGGAACACUUUUUCCUUGCCAAUGCAAAAUAGUUCUUGCUGUCAAAAUCCAGGUUUUCCAAGCUGUGGGUUCUUACGACUGUUGCUGUGCCAUCCCACAGGUCGAGAUGAUGAGGAUGUUUUGAGGAAAUUUUUACUUUGUUCAGUGAUCAGCCCUAGGUGAUGUGCCUAUAGUAUUCAUCUUGGUGUCAGACCAUAGUGACAAACACAUUCAAUGUUUUUCCUCAUUAAACGUCAUGGUUUUGCUAUAUGAUCUGCAUGGUGCUCGAACUUUUUUUCUUGUGGGAAAAUCAUUCUAGGUUUACUCUCUGCUCAAAGUUGUCUUCACAUUUCACAUCACGGUAUUUUUCCUGGGUUUGCCUCUAAGCACUAGUUGCUCCCAUAAUUCAGUUUCUGGGAAUAAUUAUUGCAAUCUUAACAAGGCCUUAAAGUAUCCUAUAGUCUUCUAGGAGUUUACUGUAAGUAAUUUACAGUAGUGUAAGUGCUGACAAUUGUUUACAAUGCAAAUGCCAUUUCAGAACAUUUGGGAGUGCCAGAGAGACUCUGGAAGCUGCCCAGAGAGAGGGCUCAGGGGCAAAGGAAAUGGGCUGCAGGUUCUUUACAACUGCCAAGAGACCUUUGGAAGGGGAUGUCUCCAAGUGUUUAUUUUUCUUGGUUAAACUGAAUUAUUUUUUUCCCCAUUUGCCACACUGAAAAGCUGAGAAAUUUGCUCAUAAUUUAAAUACUUAAUGCAUUCAGUAAAUAAUUGGAAUUAAAAAAAAAAACAACCUAAGAAUUCCACUGAUGUGACAAAAUAGUAUGCUUGAUUUUAACUGUCAUCUUUUUAAAACUAACAAUGAAGACAGCAACCUGGAUAUAUGAAAGCAUUUGGUGUUGCCAAAAGUUUAUUUGUUAGCAUAACAGAAUUCCAAUAGUGGAGGAUAUUAAGGAUGAGUUCUAGUCAUCUUGGUACAUCAAUACAUUUGUUAUUGCAAAGAUUAGGAAUAUUGUUUCUAGAAAAUAUGAAUAUGCAAAAGCUGUUAAUGCAAUAUUAAUGCUGCACAAAUAGGCACUUGGCUGAAGAAAUAUAGAAUUUAAGAGUAAGUGUUAAUUUUAUCCUUUGCUGUGUUUUAUGUAUGUAAAAACCUGUAUGCUUCUGCUCACAUUUUAUUUUAACCCAGUGUUAAAUGCUAACAUUGUAGAAAAGCAGUAUGUGCUGAUUGUUAGAGAAAAUAACCAGAGCACAUAUUUUUGGCAUGACUAAUGAUUGACUGCAUAGACAAUCUUAACAUUAAUUUAUGGUAGAAUUUUUAUACUUGAUUAAAUAGAUUCAAGUAUCAGCUAUAUUUUCUCUUUGGAUGUCUGUCUGAAGUACUCAUGAAAGAACGUAAAACAGUUUUGAGAAAAUAUAUUUUCAGAUAUUCCAUAAUGUGUGUAUUUCAUACAUCUCAAUUUUGGUUCACAGAUGUCAUAACUUAAAUCUAAAUGACUUGUUAAUGCCUAAGUUAGCCCCACAACUUUGGAAAGGACAUUUCUGUAAAUGCACAUCCAUAACUUAAUAUGUAGAAAUGUAUUUGCUCAUAUUUCUGUGUACAUCCAGCUUCCAACAGUAACGUGUUAAAUACUUCAUUGUUGCUCAGUAAUGGCACAGGAUGUUUAACUCCAGAGACAGCAGGCACUGGGUAAAAUCAGUGCGUGCCAAACUCGUGCUUUCAUGAGCAAAGUGGUCCCCUUGUGUUACCCUUAGAACCCAAAAAGAAUUUAUAGGUAAUGGCAAGUAAAUCAAUUUGUGUAGUUGAGGAAAGUGUCAUUUUAUGAUAUAUGUGUAAUGAUUUUUUUGUUUUACCUUGCACUGGACAGUCUGUAGAUGAUUUAUUUUUAAAAGCUUAAAUAAUU